GUCAUUGCUUAACGACUUAAUAAAACUUUUUCUUCUCUCUUUCUCUUUCUCUUUCUCUCUGCAUUAACACAGCACGCCUUCAUUUUGAGUUACUCCACUAGCCUUUUUAUACUGAUCGUAAUUUGCAACUCCUGGAAAAGGAAAAUUAGAUUGUCGUUUCUGGUGCUUCUUGUUUUCGUUUUGAUGGCAAUUAAUGGAAAUGGAGAAGAAGAGGAUGUGAAAAUGGAGGAAUGCUGUAAAGUAACGGCAGUUUAUAUGUGUGGUUAUCUUCCGGGAAUUUCACCGGAGAAGUCGCCGAUACUUUCUCCGAUUCAAGUGCCGAUUUCAGACGGUGGUGGUUUUGAUUCAUGGAAGGACGUUUGUAGUGGUGGUUGUGGAUUUGCUAUGGCCAUUUCAGGAUCUGGAAAUCUGAUAACGUGGGGAUCCACAGACGAAGAAGGUCAAAGCUAUUUGACAUCAGGGAAGCAUGGGGAAAUUCCAGAGCCUUUUCCUCUUCCUUGUGAAGCUUCUGUAGUCAAGGCAGCUGCUGGCUGGGCACAUUGUGUUUCAGUUACAGAGACAGGGGAAGUAUUUACAUGGGGAUGGAAAGAGUGUGUUCCAUCUGUAAAGAUAAUUCAAAGAGAUAAUACUGGCAAACAAAAUGCAUUGCUGCAAACUGAAAAAGUGAGUUCAAGGUCUGAAGGAUCAAGUUUAACCAGGGGGACAGUUCUUAAUUCUGACAGCAAAAGGACCGGAGAUGAAAUUGUUAAGAGGCGAAGGGUAUCACCAACUAAAGAAGAUUUUGAAAGUUCGCCAUCUGGAGAUGAAUUUUUCACAGUGUUACCUUUGAUGGUAACUUUGGCUCCUGGAGUAAGGAUCACCAAUGUUGCUGCUGGUGGUCGCCAUACUUUAGCACUGUCAGAUAUGGGACAGGUAUGGGGUUGGGGCUACGGAGGCGAAGGGCAGCUAGGUUUGGGAUCCCGGAUAAAAAUGGUGUCUUCUCCUCAUCUCAUACCUUGCAUUGAUGCAUCUGCUUCUGGGAAAGACCGGUCCUUGAUAGUGCAUCAGGGAAACUUAACACCAUCAGCACAAGCAUCUACAUUCCCUGGAAGUUAUGUGAAGGAAAUUGCUUGUGGAGGCCGGCACAGUGCAAUAGUAACAGAUACUGGAGCACUACUUACAUUUGGAUGGGGACUCUAUGGACAGUGUGGACAAGGAACUACAAAUGAUCAGCUAAGGCCUGCUUGUGUACCUGCUUUAUCGGGAAUUAAAGUAAUAAGUAUUGCUGCUGGACUAUGGCAUACUGUUUGUAUCAGUGCUGAUGGUCAUGUAUAUACUUUUGGUGGGAAUCAGUUUGGACAACUAGGAACUGACACUGACCAGACUGAGCCAAAGCAGUUGUAUGCACCAAGUUUGGGAAGCAAGCAUGCGAAAAUCGUUUCUUGUGGGGCUCGACAUAGUGCUGUUUUGACAGAGGAUGGCCAAGUAUACAGCUGGGGUUGGAACAAGUAUGGUCAGCUUGGCCUAGGUGAUUCCAUUGACCGUAACAUUCCUUCACAAGUUCCUAUUGAAGGUUAUCGUCCUAAAAAUAUUGCAUGCGGUUGGUGGCACACAUUACUACUAGCUGAGACAAUCCUUUGAGUUUUUUUUACUAUCAAAUAUCAGUGAUCAACACAGAGGUAAAGCUUUGUAGGAUGGCAAUCCCUUUUUUCGCGUUAGCAUAGCGCCCUUUGACGCACAUGCAAUGUUCCUAUAUACAAUGUAUAUACUUGCAUGUAAGCAUGUGUCAGUCUUCUCUUGCUCUCUUUUUUCUGACAGUUGAUUGCAAGAAAAACGAGUGGAGUUCUUACACAAACAAUCCUUGUAAUGAUACAAUAGUGUCUUUCAAUCUUGUGACUAAUGUCUCUAAUUCAAACGAAAGUGGAUAAUAUUGCCAA